UCACACACACACACACACACACACACAGAGAAAACAGUGAGAGAGAAAGGAAAAAUAAAAGUAGACUUAAGACUCCUGUCUUUUGCUCACAUUAAAUGGCCACAAAUCCUCCUUCAUCUUCAUCAUCUAAAAUCAAGAAUGCAGAUGAAGAAGACUACAUAGAUAUAGAAGUAAGUUCUUGUACAAGUUCUUCUCCACAAAGUAGAGAAUUUGAGUUUCAAAUGUCUUCUAUUUCCAUUGACAAAGAAAUUACCACAACUUCACCGGCUGAUGAACUUUUCUAUAGAGGCAAACUCCUCCCUCUUCAUCUCCCUCCAAGGUUAGAAAUGGUCCAAAAACUUCUUCACACCUCAAAGUUAGAAACUUUUCAAGAAGAAGAAAGAUUUAGCAUUAAUUCCAAGAAUUUGAUUAAUGCGUACAAUAAACCCUUCUGGUCCUACUCUUCCCCGGACCCCAAGAAUAACGGGAGCUUAACGCACCGGAUUAUUAGUUCUACUGCACCUUGUACUAAUACUAGUACCCCAUUUGAGUCGUGCAAUAUUUCCCCCUCAGAAUCUUGUAGAGUGAGUUGUGAACUUAAUCCAGAUGAGUAUUUUUUUCAAUGGUCAACUGAAUUCAGUAAUUUUAUGAAUGACCAUCCAAAGAAAACUUGGUCCAAGAAACUUAAGUUAGUUAAACAAUCAUUAAUUAGUCAAAAGAUUAAGGCUUCAAAAGCAUAUCUUAAUCUUAAGUCUUUGUUUAACAAGUCUGCUUGUUCAGAUGAGACUGAUCAACAAGUUUUUAGUACUAAAGAUUGUGAAAAUAAGUAUAUUAAAGUAUCUAAGAAAACCCCAUUUGGCCAUAUUGGAAAAUGUACACAACCAACAUUAGCUAGUGUGAUAAGAAAUAUUGAGAAAGAAGGGGUUGAAGAUAAUGUGAAUAGUCAUAGGAAGUCAUUUUCAGCAGUAAUUAAAAGACAUUCUCCGACUAAAUGUUUGUCUUCCUCUUCAUCUAAUGGUUCUUCUUCUUCUUCAUCAUCUUUAUCAUCUUUUUCAUUGAAUUCUAAUGGUUUUUAUGAGUUGAAUUUGCUUAAGAGAAGUAGUAGUGCAAAUACUGAGAUUGAGGGUUCAAUUGAAGCUGCUAUUGCUCAUUGUAAGAAGUCUCAAGAGCUUUGUAAUCCAAAGAGGAGAUUGAUUGAAGCAGGGAUUAAUUCAAUGUCAAUUUCAAAGAUUGCAGCUACUGAGAUUCAAGAAAGACCAGAUCUUUGCAGAUUUUGAAUAAGUUUCCUUUUUCUUUUGCUUUUCUUCUUUUUCUUUUUUUUUUGUUACUUUUAAAGGACACUAUAAAAUUCCUCAAAUAGAAAAAAGAAAGUUUUGGAGAGGAAUGAAUUUGUAAAACUGGUUUCUUGCUUGAGUUUGCAGAUUAUAUGUAAUUAAUUCAUUGUUUUUAGUGUGUAUAAUUCAUUGAGCCAAUGUAAUUUUUUCUUA